GAUGGCUACUCAUUCGUUGUCUUGGAUUUGCGGAAAUAUUUUUAUUCAUAGGAGUUCCUGAUCCGGGUUGAUUUCAAAUCGAAGGGAGAUUUUUCGCCGAAGAUAUUAGCAUUAACUACGUCCUUAUAACUACGCGUCUAUCCCCCAAAAUGCGUCAGUACCGAUCCUCAGACAUGUUUCAACUCCCAUCAAAUUGACACUUUUUCGGAUAUUCCCAAUUUUUCGCAACGAAUUAACAUGGAUCUAAACAAAGUCAGCUCUUAUUCAGCUGCGGUAUUUGAUCGCAUUAAAACUGUGGCAAAGAAUGCCACUGUCACAGCUGUUUCGGCCACUGUCAAUGCAGUUGGCGCUGUGGGUUCAUUGAUAGGAAAUCCCUUAACCAAAGACUUUGAUGUUGGCAAACAUGUGGCAAGCUUCGGACCGAAUUUGGCGUGGAAAAUUUACGAGGGAAAAAAGAAGACAACUGGCCAAGAGGUUUCUCUGGUUGUUUUUGAGAAGAGGCUGCUGGAUAAAGUUGAUAAAAGAGACAGGGACUUUGUAAUGGAGACAAUGAAGAAAGGACCAGUACAACUUACAAGAUUGCGACAUCCACGGCUGUUGGUUGUUCAGCAUCCUUUGGAAGAGUCCAAGGAUUGCCUAGCCUUUGCAACUGAACCAAUCUUUGCAAGUCUGGCAAAUUUACUUGGAAAACAUGAUAACAUGCCAUCUCCCCUUCCACAUGAUUUUAAGAUGUUUGAACUUUAUGAUGUGGAAAGAGUUUAUGGAUUGUUUCAGCUUGUGGAAGGAUUAACUUUCCUUCAUAAUGAUGCUAAAAUUCUACAAGCAAGUCUUGCACCUGAAUUGAUAUGUGUUACCAAGAAUGGACAAUGGAAAAUAGCUGGACUUUUCUUUAGUUCUACACCAGUUGUGAUUGAUGGCCAGUCCACUUACAAUGCUGGUCAGUGGGAGGGACAUCUUUGGCCAUGGGCUCAACCUGAUCUGAAUUAUGCUGCACCAGAGUACAUAUUGUCCAGAUCUUGUGACCUAUCAAGUGAUAUGUUUUCGCUGGGAGUUCUUAUCUACUCCAUAUACAACAAAGGGAAGCCUCUCUUUGACUGUGAUAACAAUAUGGCAGCUUUCAAGAGAAAUGUUGAGCAGAUGUCAAGGAACAGCUCAGCGCCCCUUGGUUCUGUUCCCAAAGAGUUGCAAGAGCAUGUUAGAAGUUUACUAAGCAUUACUGGCACAGUAAGACCAGAUGUUCACAUGAUGUCUAAGAUUUCAUUCUUUGAAAAUGUUGCAGCUAUGACGUUACAGUACUUAGACUCUUUAGUGCAGCGUGAUGACAUGGCAAAGUCACAGUUCUUUAGGGGACUCUAUAAGGUCAUGUCAAAAUUACCAAAGCGUGUUGUUAUACAGAGAGUUUUGCCACAGUUAUGCUCAGAGUUUAGUAAUCAUCAGAUGGUGCCGUUUGCUCUGCCUAAUGUGUUACUGAUCGCCGAAGACUGCACAUCACAAGAAUAUGUGGACCUGAUCCUCCCUGAGUUAAAGCCUGUUUUCAAGAUACAGGAACCUGUUCAGGUUGUAAUCAUAUUUCUUAAGAAAAUGGACAUACUCCUGGCAAAAACACCCAAGGACGACGUCAGAGAUCACGUGCUCCCCAUGGUCUGUAAAGCUCUUGAGACUCCUGCGGAACAACUACAGGAAAUGGUUCUAAGCAUUAUUCCGUCAUUUUCAAACAUGAUUGAUUACUCCGCCAUGAAAAACUCCAUCAUCCCUCGCAUCAAGAAUCUCAUUUUGAAGACUUCUUCUUUGAGUAUUCGGGUGAACGGGCUUGUGUGCCUGGGUAAGAUGUUGGAACAUUUAGAUAAAUACGCUGUCCUGGAUGACAUACUGCCGCUAAUGAACCAGAUUCCUUCCAGAGAGCCACCUACACUGAUGGCCAUCUUAGGAAUUUUCAAGCAAACCAUGCUUCAUAAGAAGCUCGGUAUGGACAAGGACUACCUGGCGACCAAAGCUAUUCCGUUUCUCUUUCCUUUAGCAGUGGAGCCGGGACUCAAUCUUUCACAGUUUGGCCAGUAUAUGAAACUUAUCAACGAGAUGGUGAAACGAGUGGAAACCGAACACCGCACAAAACUGGAACAGCUUAACAAGAUGCAAGAACAGACGAAAUCGUCUUUGAAGUUCGUCGAGGAAGUGCAGGAAGCAAAGCAAAUGGAUGAUUUGAUGGGCAGAAUAGACAAACUCAUGGGUGGUAAUACUGAGGCUGAACAAGCAGUCAAAGAGUUAAAAAGCAGCAGCGGUGAUUCUUCUGCAUCAUCAUCCACUUCAAUCGGGGCAACUAGUUCCACAGAGUUCAACAAAAUGUUUGGUUUGCCGGGAAAUCCUUCGUCGUCGAAAGGCCCAUCCCUGAGUGGAAAUCUGCUGGGUGUGGACGAAUUUUCCAUGCUGCAGCCUUCGAAGAAGAACCAUGAUGGACCAACAAACCCAACAACACAACAGAAGUCCACAACGUCGAAGAAAACCUUGGCGUCAAGCUCGUCAUAUCCUGCUACCUCUCGGCCCUCUCAACCUAUGGCCCCUUCAUCCUUAUCGCAGCCUGGUAUCUCUGGGGUUAAUCCCUCAAUGGGGAUGUCUACAGCCUCAUACGGAAUGUCUGGGCUUCAUUCUGGUAAUACCGGAAUGGGUUCUGGAAUGGCCAGCUAUACAGGAAUGUCCGGUAUGAACUCCGGUAUGACAGGAUUAUCAAGUCUAAACACGUCCAUGACGGGAUCAUUUGGGAUGAGUCCCGCGAGUUCCUCGCCACGUUAUUCUUCUGCAGGAUCCGCUGCGGGAAAUCAAGGAAAAAACACGAGUGGUUCCUCUGCACUGGAUUCCUUAUUUGCUCCUGAAUUAGGACAUUUACAAAAUAAGGGUAAACCUUCGAUGAACGCCUUGCAAUCACAACAAGCCGGUAUGUCGGCUGCUAUGAAUCCAGGUGUAAGAGGAAUGAGACCUAUGACACCACAGCAGUAUGGCGGAGGUAUGCUGACGUCCUCAUCCGGGAUGUUUCCCAUGCAACAGCAACCGUUGAUGGGUGGAAUGGGGAGCCAGCAGUAUCAGUACCAGGCCCCUAGGAAUCAAAAUUCUAUGAACAACAGCAAUGACUUACAAGAUCUGUUUGGUUAGCAAAGCGAAUUAGCCGUGUUUUUGAGAGGGGUACUCCCCCUUACACCAUAGAACUUAAAAAUGUAGACAGGUAAAUAUUGUUUUACCUUCUUUCAAGCUGGUUGAUUGCCAUGGGAAAUGAUGGCUUAAUACGAAAUUGAUAGCUCUUGGUUUAGAGAAGAGAAACCUUUCCGCGUCCAGUGAUCCGUAGAGUUCCGUGAACUAUUGAAGCUUGCCUACGAGGCUCUUAUUUAAAAUUGUUCUGAUAGAAUUUCAACGCCUUUUCCCAUCGGGUUGGGCCUGCUGUCUACUUUAAAACGGCAAUUUCAGUCACUGGAAACGAAACCUUUCAAAGACCGUCACGCAGCUAUUUUGGAAAGGUCAGUUAUCGAAAACAAGGCUUUUCGAAACGGUGAUUGGAAAUGGCCACGUAUCACCGUCACAGGCUUCUUUUUGUAUUAUUACAAGUAAUCGAAAGGAAUACAUUUUCAAUUUAGCGCAUGCUCUACUCCAACCUAUUGCUGAAGCGAACAAAUAGUUAUUCCAUUAAGUUGGUUGGCUCGUUAUCCAUAUUCUUUCCCACACUUACCCUUAAGCGAAUUGGAUAAAGUUCACUACCUGAAAAGAUAAUGUUCCCUUGUCAUUUUAUCAUCUCAUCCAUUCUGAGUAGCUCUGAUCUUAUUUGAAAUUAAGUCAAGAUAACACUCUCGACUUGAUAAGUUGAUUCCCCUCAGCACCUUGCACACUGUAAGAAGAAAUUAAUUGACCAUUCCAAAGAUGAGAUAUUUAACGGCAUGUACGUAACUUACUGUAGAAUAUGUAAAUCAACGAACACACUUUAGCAUAAUAUACACUCAUGUCAAGAUUUCAUGUUAGUAGAUACUACGUUUUGGUUAACUUUGGUAAAAGGUUAGUCUCUAUUUAAAAAGCUACUUUUUUAUUGGUAAAAUUUUGUAAUUUAAACAUAAAUCCAGUUAAGGUUUCAUAUCCAUUCUUGAGGUAUAUUGUCGACAAAAUACUACAUAAAACGUUAUGAAAAUGAUGGAAAUAUAUUUGGUCACGUGAUGCUCAUACAUUACAGACAUGUGCCCAGGUCUACCCCGCGUGAAAAAAAA